AGUUGCCUCUAAUGGCUUAUGUUGCUGAGUUGAAGCGAUUAUGGGCUGAUCUAGAUCACUACGAGCCUAUUGAGUUACCACACCCAGAAUGUGUGGCAUGGGUGAAGAAGUAUGUGGAAAAAAGGAGAGUUCUUCAAUUUUUGAGAGGAUUAAGCUCAGAAUUUGAGGGAAGGCGUGCUGCUAUGUUUCAUCAAUCUAGUCUUCCUAGCCUGGAGGAAGCCAUAGCUGCUAUGGCACAAGAAGAGAGUAGGCUGAAAGUAAUGAAAGAGAAUGCUCCAUCUCCGCCUCAGCCAACGUUUGUGGUGGCAGAAUCACAUGAAACCAGAAUAUGCUAUAAUUGUGGUGAGAGAGGUCAUCUGAGUCGUAUUUGCCCUCAGCCACAAAGGUCUCAUCGUGGAAGGGGGAGAGGUAGUGAUAGAGGUACAUCGAGGGGAGGUGGAUACCGUGGGGGAAGGAGAGGCUAUAGAGCUAACUUUGCUAUGCCUGAGGAAACUGCAUCAGAUUUGGUCACAAUUCCAGUUGCAGAGUUAGAAGAGUUGAAGAAGCUAAGAGAGAACAAGAGUAACUCAAAAUAUGAUGAUCAAGGAGUAGUGUCAACCUCAUUUGGUAAUGUUGCCAAUCUUGUUCAUUCUGAUUCAGGAAAGAAAGACUGGAAAGAGACUUGGGACUGGAGUGCGACAUAAUGGACUCUGGUUUCUUGAUAGAAGGAAGACCGAUGAAGCAAUAUGUCUGGCUCUCACAACAGUAGCUAGUGAAGAGGAGGCGAAGGUAAUGCUUUUGCACUGUCGGUUGGGGCAUAUAUCUUUUGAUGUUAUGAGUAGAAUGUUUCAUGAUGAAAUGUGCAAGGUAGACAAAUGAAAAUUAGUAUGUGAUGCUUGUGAAUUUGGGAAACACACGAGAGCCUCCUACGUGAGUAGAGGACUACGGAGUGUGAAUCCUUUCAUGUUGAUCCACUCAGAUGUGUGGACUUCUCCUGUUGUUUCAGUGAGUGGAAUGAAAUAUUUUGUUACCUUCA